AUGUUGGCAUGCCCAGACCGAAAGCAAACAUGCAAAACCAAAAUAAGACGUGGACGAUGUCGACAUGACAGGCGUCAGUCACGUGGUGCGCGUCGAACACCGGAAAAUCCUGGUGACAUUUUCAUUGCUGUUAACGUUCCACUUUUCUCUCAUUUUUCUCCCUUGCUCUUUUAUCUAUGGAUGCGCCUUGGCAAACAAAAUAUAUUUCUAUACAAAAUUAUUGAGGUGAUUUACAAAAAUAUUCUCUCUCUCUCUCUCCUUCUCUCUCACCUUCAUCUCUCUCACCUUCUCCUUCUCUCUUCUUCUCUCUCCUAUCUCUCUCCCUCCUUUUUCUCUCCUUCUCUCUCUUUCUUUCCCUCUCUGACUCUCUCUCCUAUCUAUUUCUCCUUUCUCUCUCGCCUUCUCUCUUCCUCUUUCUCUCUCCUCCUCUCUCUCCUCCUCCUCCUCUCACCUUCUCCUUCUCUCUUCUUCUCUCUCUCCUAUCUCUCUCCCUCCUUUUUCUCUCCUUCUCUCUCUUUCUUUCCCUCUCUCACUCUCUCUCCUAUCUAUUUCUUCUUUCUCUCUCUCGCCUUCUCUCUUUCUCUUUCUCUCUCUCCUUCUCUCUCUCUUUCCUUCUCUCUCACCUUCUCCUUCUCUCUUCUUCUCUCUCUCCUAUCUCUCUCCCUCCUUUCUCUCUCCUUCUCUCUCUCUCUCCUUUCUUUCUCCCCCCCCAUCUCUUCUCAUGGAUUUUUGUUUGACAGGAAAUAG